AUGUGGAAGGCUGUUGUAGAUGCCUUUAACGGUCAUGGGGAUAAACCCGAGAGCCACAAGGGAGGCCAGACCUACGACUUCGAGCAAAUCAGAUCGUUCGUGAACUCAAGGGACAAAUCGAAAACCAUUAUCGAUGUGAGAGAGCCAAGCGAAUACAGCGAAUGCCACAUUCCAGGCGUUCAUAACAUGCCAUUCAAGACUGAACCUUUGGCAUUGUCGAAGCCUUCUGUAGAGUUUAAGCAAAACUUUGGGUUCGAGAAGCUCGUCAAGGACCAGGAGCUAGUCUUCCUUUGCGCCUCCGGUUUCAGAGCGGGCAAGGCCAGAGAUGAGGCAUUGGAAGCUGGCUACAAGGUGGUCAGUGUGUAUCCUGGUUCCAUGAACGAAUGGAUCGCAAAGGGCGGUGAAAAGGCAUGA